AUGAACCAGGCUAUGCUUGUCAAGGCAAGUUGGCGGAUUUUUAAUGGCGAUGAUGGUCUUUGGAAUUCCAUUUACAAGGAUAAAUAUCUCUCUCAGUGUUCCCUUACUGAUAGUGAUUACAAAUACCCUCCUGGAAGUUCCAGCACUUGGAGAAGUGUUGGCCAUGGAGCUGAGCUUCUCCGAAAUGGUCUAAUUUGGUGUGUUGGUGAUGGCAAAACCAUAAAAUUUUGGACUGAUUUAUGGGUUAGUGAGACUCUUCCCAUUAUUGUUGCUUUGCCAAACUCUCAUAUUGAUAUUGAUGCUACUAUGUGCUCCUUUUGGGACAACUGUGAAUGGAACCUGGAUAUGUUAUCUCUUUGUCUCCCUUUUCACAUUAUUCAAAAAAUCCUUUGCAUCUCCCCUGGUGGUGAUGGAUGUGGACCUGAUGCUCAAAUAUGGGGACAUACUUCUAACGGUUGUUUUAAUGUCAAAAGUGCUUAUUGCAGCCUACUUGAGCCUAUGGAGCAAAAUCAGUUUCAAUGGAGUUUUAUUUGGGGGAUUGCCCAAAAGCUUCUGCUAUUUGGAAAUGCUUAUGUUGGCCUCAUUCUAUCAAAAAUACGUUUCAAUUGCGCUGGUCUGGAUGGUUCCUUGCCAACCUUCACUGUAAGGCUCCUUUUGGUCAAAAUAUCCAAUGGUGUUGCUUUUUGGUUUUCAUUUGUUGGUUUUUAUGUAAAUGGAGAAACAAAUUUGUCUUUGAAAGUGAUUUUUAGCUGCCUCUUAAUGCCCCUCAAAUCAUUCUUAAUGCUGCAAAUGAAUGGGUUGCUGCGCAAGCUCAACUCUCUAAUGUGGGUGACUUUAGUAUUAAUAUGUUAUCUUGGUUGAAGCCC